CCGCGGCAGGGCCGCGCUGCCCCGCACCGCCGAGCAGCAGCGGCCGGAGGAUGGUGCUCAUCACGCUGAAGUCUCAGACACCCUCAGCUAGGGAGCAGCCUGGCCAAGGAAGACAACGAGGGUUUGCAGUCUGACCUGCACAGCUGGUGGGGCAAUGAAGCUGAAUGAGCGGAGCGUGGCCCACUACGCCACCUGUGACUCACCUGCUGACCACACUGGCUUUCUGCGCAAGCGGGUGGAGCGGCACCACCACCAUGCCCACCACCAUGGCACCUCCUACCAGCGCCGCUGGUUCGUCCUCAAGGGCAACCUCCUCUUCUACUUUGAGGAGCGGGAGAGCCGGGAGCCCGUUGGACUGGUGGUCCUGGAGGGCUGCACUGUGGAGCUGUGCGAGGCUGCUGAGGAGUUUGCCUUUGCCAUCCGCUUUGAUGACGCUGGUGCCAGGGCUUAUGUGCUGGUGGCUGAUGGGCAGGCUGCCAUGGAGGCCUGGGUGAAGGCACUCUCACGGGCCAGUUUCGACUACAUGCGGCUGGUGGUAAGGGAGCUGGAGAAGCAGCUGGAGGAGGCCUGCAAGAGCUUGGCUGCUUGCCGUAAGUCUCCACAGAGGUCCUCCUCCUCUGGCAGGAAGAGGCAUCUCUCCAACCCUGCUUUGCAGCCUCUCCAGGAGAAGCCCACCAUCCUGGAGAAUGGCUACUCCACAUGGAGUAGUGGAGGAUGUGUUGCCGGUGGAGCCACCUGCACUGACCAUGAUGGGGGGCAAACAAAGCCCCCACCCCUGCCUCCACGCAGGCGCUCGGCCGCCAGCAGUGCCACAGGAUCCCCAGCACUUGGCCUCUCACCAGCCAUGCUGGAGAGCCCAGUGCCACCGGAAACCAUCUGCUUCUCCAAGCUGCACAACUGGUACGGGCAGGAGAUUGCAGUGCUGAGACGGGAGUGGCAGGAGAGGCAGAAGAGGGGACACCCGUGACUGGGGGCACAGGACACAAGUCACUGGCCUGCUGAUACCUGGCAGCCCAUUCUGUAUGCAGGAAGAGUGAAGUGAGGGAUGCUGCUUGCCCCCUGCCCUCAUGAGUGACUUAGUGUGUGAUGUGUGUAUGCUUCACUUGGGAGGGACUCAAAUCCCCUCUGAACCUCACAUUUAACUUCUAUGAGGCUUUAUACAGCCGGAGAGCAUGUAACCCUCUGAACCUCACAUUUAACUUCUAUGAGGCUUUAUACAGCCGGAGAGCAUGUAACACCAGGAGAGCCACCUUUACUUAAACUCUCUC